AUCCUCCUCCUCAACAACGAAUCGCAGUCCCUCGUUAGGUCCUACUUUACCCUGAGGGAUCCUUACCGCCAGCCUGCCACUCACCUCACCCACUCGAUCCGCCGUCACCGGGUCAACCAUCGGCAGCCUGUCUAACCCGAGAACUUGGAUAUUUUGCCGUGCACCUGUUGCAGCCUGAUUGCCCUGCCCAGCCUCCUUGAACGAACCCACCUACAAACGCACGACCUGUCGAACAAACGGACGACGCAUACCUACCCUAAUCACAACCCACAUCCACAACCAAAGUCGCAGCUAUGGCAGCAACAGCUCAACUAGCCUCGUCCAGCUCCGGAAGCAACACGCGUGGCUGGACCUCCAUCUGCCGCUCCCUCCCCUUCCGCGGCCGACGACGCUCCAACUCGCAACCCGUACUCAACGCUGCCUCUCACGACUCGAUGCUUAUCGGGGACGGCUUUGAAACUGCACUUGCUACAACAGCUGACUCGAAGCCCGAGGGCCGUGGUGGACCGAUAAAGAAGACGGUGCGGAAGCUUAUGCGGAGGGCGUCGCACUCGUUUCGACCCGGAAGCGAAAAGGGUCCUUUGGUGGUCAGUGGGCCCGGAAGGAAGGGACGCGGGAAGGGGAGAGCCCUGAUGGGGGAUGCCGAGAGCGGGAUUGUGCUCGACGAGAGGGACGUCGGGGAUAAUUAUUAUUGCGCCGAUGCGUUGAUGAAGAGAGUUGACCCCGUUGGUUGUCUUCCCGCCGAGAUCACGUCACAGAUCAUGUCGUACCUCGACCAUCGGAGUCUGGUCAACUGCGAAUCGGUUUCUCGAAGAUGGCGCGAGGCGGCGGUCAAUCGUCACGUCUGGCGAUCGAUAUUCCGCGCCGAGCACGGGCCGUGGGAGUCGGAGCCUGGAAAGGAUUGGAAGAGGAUGUUCGCCGUCAACAAGGAGCUACAUUCGCGAUGGACCAAGGCGGAGAUGACUUACAAGUACAUGAAAGGCCACACCGACAGCGUUUACUGCGUGCAGUUUGACGACACAAAAAUCAUCACCGGCUCCCGAGAUCAGUCGAUCAGGGUCUGGGAUAUCAAGAGUGGGGACUGUGUCAAGAUUCUUUCGGCUGCAGCCAGCACGGAUGCGACACUGGGGGACGUGGCUCCAGUCUCUCAAUUCCACACUGCUUCGGUACUAUGCCUGCAGUUUGACGACCAAAUCUUGGUGUCGGGUUCAUCGGACAACACCUGCAUCGUCUGGUCGCUUCCCUCAUACACCCCCAUCGGAAGGCUGUCGACGCACACGGCUGGAGUCUUGGACGUCUGCUUCGACGUCCAUCACAUCGUCUCGUGCUCCAAGGACACGACCAUCUGCAUCUGGGACCGUAACACGCGCAAGCUGAUCCGCCAGCUCAAAGGCCACCGCGGCCCCGUUAACGCCGUUGCAAUCCGUGGCAGACAGAUUGUCAGCGCCUCCGGGGAUGCACUAGUGAAGCUGUGGGAUCUUGACACGGGCGAGUGCAUCCGCGAGUUCAAAGGCCACCAUAGAGGGUUGGCGUGCGUCCAGUUCAGCGAAGAUGCAAAGACCAUCGUCAGCGGGGGUAACGACCAGGAUAUCCGCGUGUGGGAUGCUACGACGGGUACGUGCUUGAAGACGCUGCACGGACAUAAGGAUCUCGUGCGGACGCUUCACUUAGAUUCGAGGAACCGCAGGAUCAUUUCGGGUUCAUACGAUGCGAGUGUCAAAGUAUGGAGUCUCGACACUGGCAAGAUGAUCCUCGACAUCAAGCAGUUCCACUCGACGUGGAUUCUGGCCGCAAAAGCGGACUUUAAGCGAAUCGUGAGCACUAGUCAAGAUAGCCGGACGUUGCUGUUGGAUUUCGGUGCGGGCGUCAAGGGAUUAGAGUUAUUACAGCCGACUGCGAAGUAUUGAUUGGUCGCUAUGCGGGUCCAUUGUAUUCAUUGUCUUAAGCUUUUGUUGUUGUUUCCGU